AAUAAACUAGACAUGAAUAUAGUGUAUUUUAUUUGGCCAAGGUUCAUAUACCUCGUCUGUAUUAAUGGUAUCAGUAGUCUAUGGUUUAAGCGUAGAGUGUGUUGAAAACCAAUGAUCUUUUUCCUGGUCGGUAUUUCAGACCUAGAGACACGAGAUUCCAUUUAAUGUCCAGUCUGUUCUGUUUUUAGUCAAUGGUCCUAGUUAAUGGUAUUAUUUCAUCGCUACGUAGCGCUAGUAUUUUAAUAUCUACAAAUUGAUAAAAUUUUCAUUGUAAAAAAAUUAAUUGAAAAGAUUAAUUAAAAAGAUUUAUUAAUUUUUGGAUCCUUAAAAUUAAAUUUUCUUUUUACAUUUCAUUUAACAAUAUGCAUAUAUAAAGAUUUACAAAUUUUAUUCAGUAUGUUGAAUAAUAUUUUAUUUCUUUCUUUAUUAUGACAAAAAUAAUCUUUGUCGUAAAUCGCAAAGAACGUAAGAAGUAUUGUAAUUUUUCUGGAAAUUGAUAUUUCGAAAUGUGACAUGAAAUCGCAUGUGAUGGCGUGUCUAUGUGUAUCUUUUAGUUAAUGAUCGUGUGCUUAAAUAAGCGCCAUUUCUCUUUCCUCGCACGAAAAGGUAUAUAGAAGCAUGUUGCGGAGCGGCGACUUAAAAAUCAAUUUAUUACAACAUCAUCAUUAUGAUUUUUACUUGAAAAAAUUUUAAAAUGUAAACCUAAAGACAGUAUAACUAACAUUAUUUUAUUAUUUCAGUUCUCAAUUCGUGAAAAACAUGUCAGAUGUUGAAAAGUAAGUAUGUUUUGUAUACCUGUUAUAAAAAUACUGAUAUUAAGUUUUUUUUAUUAAAAAAAUACUAAGUUAAAACCAUAGAAGCGUUAAAAUAAUAAAUACAUAUUGUCUUUAUUGUACAAACUGUUUUUUGAAUGUUGGAAUUUGUCGAAACUGAUUUUGUAUAUAAAGUCAUCAGAUAACCAUAAAUUUAUAUAACCUAAAAGUUUUAUAUAAAGAAUUACAUUAACGGACUUCAAUUAUUCUUUUAUUUUUAGUGAUGAUGGACCUUCUGCUAUGACAGCAGGAGGUGCAAUGGAUGUAAACACAGCCCUUCAAGAAGUUCUUAAAAAUGCACUUAUUCAUGAUGGUGUUGUGCAUGGUCUUCACGAAGCUGCCAAAGCAUUAGACAAGAGACAAGCCAUGCUUUGCAUUUUGGCAGAAAAUUGUGAUGAACCCAUGUAUAAAAAACUAGUACAAGCAUUAUGCAAUGAACAUCAGAUUCCCUUGAUCAGGGUAGAUAAUAAUAAAAAACUUGGCGAAUGGGCUGGUCUUUGCAAAAUUGAUAGUGCUGGCAAAGCUCGAAAAGUUGUUGGUUGCUCCUGUGUUGUUAUAAAGGUAUAAGUUGUGUAAAAUAUGAAUUAAUUUCUAAACAUUUGAUAAAAACAAAGGCUUCCUCUACUGAGAGAUUAAUUAAUAAACUAUGCUACGAUAAUGCCUUCCUGAUUUAAUAAUUUAGUAUUGGUAACUUAUUCUGUUUAGCAAUCUUUUCUAUUUAGAAAUUAUCUAUUUAUUUUCAGGACUUUGGGGAAGAUACUCCUGCAAAAGAUGUUGUAAUGGAAUAUGUGAAACAAAGUUCUGUACACUAAGAUUUAAUAAAAUAUUGGAUAUAAGUUUGUAUGUAUGAUUUAUUCAUUUCUUUAUAUUUUUAAUUUGACAAACACUGAAGACAACACUAUAAGAAAGUGAAACGUUUUUCCUCAUAAAAGAAUUUAAAUUUUUCUAUUCACAUUCUACAUUUUUUAUUAUUUUCUCACAGAUAUUCUUAUGUUUUACCCAAUCUUUUACUUGACAUUCUCUGUAAUAAUUGAGUAUUUAUUAUUUAAAAAAAAAGAUAAUAAUGCUUUAUAAAUAUAUGAGAAAACAUAUAUACCUUCCACAGUACCAAGCUUCUUUACAUUUAGAACAACGUUUUUUUGCCUCUUCAUGACAUAAAAAACAUUCUUUAAUGUCAACGCAAUCCAAUUUCUCUAAAUCAUAUGCAUCACUUAGAAUUUGAGCAGUGUUUUUAAUGUAAUCAGCAUCUGUACUGUAUAUAAAUUUUGACUGAUGUUUUGCUAACUUUUUCCAUUUUUUAUGGUAUUUUUCCAUUAUUGAUGAUUUUAUCUAAUAAAAUAAUUAAAGUAUUUAUUUAAUAUUUUAUGAAACCUAAGUUAAUUGAACAAUUUUCAACCUGUGGUAAAAGUUCCACAUUUACAGCUUGUGGUGCACUAGCAUUAGAUGACGAUACACUUAAAUAA